GGGCGCCUAUGAAGUGGUUUAAUGUUCCUUUAGUGAGGUCACACGUUGUGGCUCCUGUGAUUGGUUAGUAAUCCGGAAGUGGUAGAAAAGGAGUCGUUUAGGGGCGAAGGGUGUAGGUGAACAAUCCAGGAACAAACAACCCGAGUGGAUGUUUGUGUUUUUUACAGCAUUGACAGUUUAUGACAUUGUGGCCUUACCUGUAGCUCUGCAGGUACACUGAAGUCGUAGAUUAAAACCUGUCGACAAACAUGGAUGAAGUGACGGGAGCUCAGCUCAUUGCUGAGUCUCUGAAAUCUCAGAAAGUGGAGUAUAUGUUUGGUAUAGUUGGUGUUCCCGUCAUUGAAGUGGCCAUGGCUGCUCAGGCUGCAGGGAUCAAAUACGUGGGAAUGCGGAAUGAGCAGGCGGCAUGUUAUGCAGCAUCAGCUGUUGGAUACCUCACAGGGAGGCCAGGUGCCUGUCUGGUUGUGUCUGGACCUGGACUCAUUCACGCUCUUGGUGGAAUGGCCAACGCAAAUAUCAACUGCUGGCCCGUGGUUGUCAUUGGAGGGUCCUCAGAUCAAAACCAAGAAACAGCAGGAGCCUUUCAGGAGUUUCCUCAGGUGGAAGCAUGUCGCCUUUAUAGUAAGUUUUCUGCAAGACCCAGCAGUCUAGAGGCCAUCCCUUCAGUGGUAGAAAAGGCAGUUCGUACAAGCAUCUUUGGGCGUCCAGGUGCCUGUUAUGUGGACAUAGCAGGAGACAUGGUCAAUGCUAAAGUAGACAGGAGCAGAGUCAGGUUUGUGUCCUGCUGCCCGAGUCCUCCCUUGAGUUUUGCUGACCAUGCUGCCAUUACUGAAGCCAUCACAGCCCUGAAACAAUCCAAAAGACCUCUUAUCAUCAUUGGAAAAGGAGCAGCGUAUGGUCGAGCUGAAGCUGCUCUGAAAGAGUUUGUAGAAAUGAGCGGUCUUCCAUUUCUGCCCACACCUAUGGGGAAAGGCGUUUUACCUGAUGACCACCCCAACUGUGUGGCUGCUGCCCGCUCCAGAGCUCUUCUCCAGGUUGAUGUUGUCCUUCUGCUUGGAGCCAGGUUGAACUGGAUGCUGCAUUUUGGUCUUCCACCUAGAUUUGACCCCAAUGUCAAGAUUAUUCAGGUUGACCUCUAUGCAGAAGAGAUGGGGAACAACGUGAGGCCUGCUGUUGCUCUCCUGGGAGAUGUCAAUGCUAUUGUCACUCAGCUCUUGGAGUGUAUCCAUAAAGAUGGCUGGAAGUAUCCGUCUGGUACUGAGUGGUGGAACACACUAAAGGACAAAAUUGUUGCUAAUGCGAAAAUGUCAAAGGCCCUGGCUCUCCAGUCAUCAGUGCCCAUGAACUACUACACAGUGUUUCAUCACGUUUCCCAGCUGCUGCCACAUGACUGCAUCAUCGUCAGUGAGGGGGCAAACACCAUGGACAUAGGACGCACUAUGUUGAACAACUACCUACCUCGUCACAGGUUAGAUGCAGGUACGUUUGGGACGAUGGGUAUAGGUCUUGGUUUUGCUAUUGCAGCAGCUGCUGUGGAGAGGAGUGAGAAUAAAGGCCAAAGGAUCAUCUGUGUGGAGGGAGAUAGUGCCUUUGGCUUUUCUGGCAUGGAGGUUGAAACCAUGUGCAGGUAUAAUUUACCUGUGAUCAUCAUUGUGGUCAAUAAUAACGGUAUUUACAGCGGAGUGGAUCCUGAGACGUGGAAAGAAAUGGCAAAAAUGGGAGAUCUGACCUCCAUAGCCCCCCCUGUGACCCUCCUACCUGAGGCUCGCUAUGAUGAAGUCAUGACGGCGUUUGGUGGACGAGGGUUUCUGGUGAGGACAGUGGAGGAGCUGCGCAGUGCUCUUCAGCUCAGCCUGAGUGACUGUGAGAGACCAAGUCUCCUAAACGUGCUCAUCGACCCGUCAUCAGACAGAAAACAGCAGGAGUUCCCGUGGCUUACACGUUCCAACUUAUAGAGUCCAAGAGGAAUGUGCUCCCUCCUUUGUCUGCAACAUCAUCAGAACAGCAGAGACAGUUUGUCAGACUCGAACAGCUGCCUUUGGUCUUUGUGAUUGUUUCCAUGAAAUAACAAUAGGUUUUUUACAGAUUUUUACUACACUGUAGUACUAAAAUUUACAUAAUGAUGAAAACAACAAUAAAAUACAUUUACCUAACCUCA